GAUUCUCUCUCUCCCUCUUUCUCUCUGCCCCUCCCCCAUGUACUCUCUCUCUCUCUCUCUCAAAAUAAAUGACAUUAAAAAAAAGACAACAGACCCAAAAUGGAGUUGCAUAUGCUAAGCCCCACAUCACCAAACUGAGUUUCAGUUUCACCUCUUCCAGAGAUGGAGUUUCAAACCAGCCAGUCAGGAACUGCCUGAUGGGCACUAGAGAACAAUCUGUCCAACAGAUCCCUGCCGUCCCCUAUCGAGAAAGUAACCUUGUGAUAACCAGUCACUCUGUAGCCUGUAAAACUUCCAUAUUCUGUGUUCCGGGGCUUCCUUCUGCCUAUAAAAGUGUUUCACUUUGUAAAGCUCCUUGGGGCUGGCUCCUUUUCAUCUAUUAGAUGGGAGGCCGUUUGAUUUACGAAUUGCUGAAUAAAGCCAGUAAGAUCUUUACAAUCUAUUCGCUUGAAUUUUGUUUUGUAACAACAUUAUGAUGCAGCUAGCUCCCAAAGGGCAAGAAAGACAGCUAUCAUCCUUUUCCAAUGCUGCUGGAAUCCCCAGGCCCAUCCUGGAAUGCUCACUCAACUCUAAGAACCUUGGGACCAGUACAGAGGAAUGGUUUGUCCCUAGGAUGUCUUGGCACAGGGCUAUAAUUGUGGAUUCAGCAAACCCAGUCCUUGGCUAACUCAAUUCUCCCCACAUAAUUAAAAGAGAGAGAAAUGAAAUGUCAGGACGAAGUAUGCAUUUAAAUUUUAAGGAUCCUUGUUCAUUUUUGAAUCCUCACCUGGUUUUCCCUGUCUUCAUUCUUGGCCUCUGUAAAGUCACUUGAAAGAAACAACAACAACAACAACAACAACAACAACAACAACAACAACCUGAUUUUAGAAUAGGAAAGGAGUUUGGAGUCAGAAGAAGCUGUCCUUACCAUUUCAGUUUCCUUUGGCAUCAUGUUGGGUUUUAAUUUUGAAGUGUGGCAAAGAGGCAGAAAUGGCUUCUGGCCACAGACUGAGAGAAGCACUUUGAAAUGAAGAUAGAUUCUUUUCUUUUCUUGAGAUGUUUCCUUAAAGCUACCUAAAGAAUGAAGCCCUCUGCCAGCGUUGAUUAGAAUAGAAGGCACUUCUCAUUCCUCAGGAAUGGGAAUAGGAACAAAAGUAUUGCAAACUAAGGAUUUACUUGAAUUCACUGCUAAAUCCAGUAGAAGAAGCUCCUGGGAGGGGAAAAAUAAAAGCGCCGAAAUUAACCUGAUGUUUGGGAAGUAUCAGUUAAAUGCUUUUGUAACUUCAUCACCAUCCACUCAGGGGAAAACACCGCUAUUCAAACCUCCCAUUUGCCUGAGAGUCAGGAGCUUAUAAACCAAGAAAGGAAGAAACCAAGCAGGUUAUUUACGAGCUCCGUCCCUCUUGCUGUUUUAAGCUACUUUGAAAUAAGCCUGUUACCGCUCUGGGGCAAUCGCUGGGCGAGUAACUCGGCUCUGCGGGGGUCGUGGGGGGCGGCCCUCCGCGCCUCCCAGCGGACUCCUGUGGUGGUGCAGCCCGGGUCCCCGCUGCAGAAAAGCGGGCCACCAGCAGACAGCGCCUCAUCCUGACGCUGUCAGCGCGCACAGCCUCGGCUGCUCUCCUCGCUCGCCUUCUGUCCCUAUCCAGGGACCGGUUAGGUGCGGGCGACGGGAUUCCAGCUGAGGUUUCAGAAUCUGAGACCUCACCAAAGUAUCAGACUGGGUGCCGCCAGCAGCCACCCCAGUCUGGGUUGGGAGCGCACGCGUCUUUGGAGCUGUCCGCGGCGGUGCAGUUUCCCCAGGGAGCCAACUUUAGGCCAGCUCGAGGACUGGGUGCAGGCACCGACCUAGCAGAUCGGUCCGAGGGGUCUCAGGCAGUGGAACCCGAGGAGCCCCCAGGCACGCCGGAUUGCGCGUCGGGUCCCGUCCCGCAGCGCCAUUCCUUAAAGGGCUCUAAGGCCAGGGGCGCGCGGCAGCCACGGGCAUGGAGGGCGCGCUUGCGGCCAACUGGAGCGCGGAGGCGGUCAAUGGCAGCGAGGCGCCGCCGGGAGCCGAGGGCAACCGCACCGCCGGGCCCCCGCAGCGCAACGAGGCCCUGGCGCGCGUGGAGGUGGCCGUGCUGUGCCUCAUUCUCUUCCUGGCGCUGAGCGGCAACGCGUGCGUGCUACUGGCGCUGCGCACCACGCGCCACAAGCACUCGCGCCUUUUCUUUUUCAUGAAGCACCUGAGUAUAGCUGACCUGGUGGUGGCAGUGUUCCAGGUGCUGCCGCAACUGCUCUGGGACAUCACUUUCCGCUUCUACGGGCCCGACCUGCUGUGCCGCCUGGUCAAGUACCUGCAGGUGGUGGGCAUGUUCGCCUCCACCUACUUGCUGCUGCUCAUGUCUCUCGACCGCUGCCUGGCCAUCUGCCAGCCGCUGCGGGCGCUGCGUCGCCGCGCGGACCGCCUGGCGGUGCUUGCCACGUGGCUGGGGUGCCUGGUGGCCAGCGCGCCCCAAGUGCACAUCUUCUCGCUGCGCGAGGUGGCCGACGGCGUCUUCGACUGCUGGGCCGUCUUCAUCCAGCCCUGGGGGCCCAAGGCCUACAUCACGUGGAUCACGCUCGCGGUCUAUAUCGUGCCUGUCAUCGUGCUCGCCGUCUGCUACGGCCUCAUCAGCUUCAAGAUCUGGCAGAACUUGCGGCUCAAGACCGCGGCGGCGGCGGCGGAGGGGCAGGAGGGCGCGGCGGCGGCGGGCAGCGCUGGGCGCGCGGCUCUGGCUCGCGUCAGCAGCGUGAAGCUCAUCUCCAAGGCCAAGAUCCGCACCGUCAAGAUGACCUUCAUUAUCGUGCUGGCCUUCAUCGUGUGCUGGACGCCAUUCUUCUUCGUUCAGAUGUGGAGCGUCUGGGACGCCAAUGCGCCCAAGGAAGCCUCGGCCUUCAUCAUAGCCAUGCUCCUGGCCAGCCUCAACAGCUGCUGCAACCCUUGGAUCUACAUGCUCUUCACUGGCCACCUCUUCCACGAACUUGUACAGCGCUUCCUCUGCUGCUCCUCCAGCUACCUGAAGGGCAGCCGGCCGGGAGAGACCAGCGUCAGCAAAAAGAGCAACUCCUCCACCUUCGUCCUGAGCCGCCACAGCUCCAGCCAGAGGAGCUCCUCGCAGCCAUCCACGGUGUGACCGGCCCGGGGCCAGGACUGCCUCCCAUGGCUCAGCCUGUGCCUACACGGACAGUCCACCCCUUGGUGGCAUGUGUGCGUGUAUUUGAGGUACCUUUCAGUUUGCACCCUUCCACACCUUGGGGUAGCUUGAGUGGGGAAUUCUGACAUGGGGGUUGGGGAAGUAGUCCUCAUGGUGGAAGAUGAUGGGGUGACUCAUCCAUCAGACAAUCCCUGGAUCUCCCCUGGUUUCCCACAGAUGUUUAUGUACCCUGACCCCACUGUUGCCCCUGGCUGGUGGAUGGGUUGGUUUUUUUCUCCUGGACCUGUCAUUUCACUCCGGUAUAUUUUAACUCCUUUAUGCUGGGAUCUUGAGAAAGUAAGUAUAGGAUUGGUGACUCCCUGGGUGUGGAAGCCUAGUGUUCUUAGCUCAGAAUAAGGAGUGAGCUCAGCUGCAGAGGGUGGUAGCAAUAUCUUCCUGACUUCAGAGUGCUUUUACCUUUGCAUGGACCCAUCCCAGCAUCCUGGGGCAACAGCAUGUCAGAAGGUGGCCCUAGGAACAGGGGAUUCCCUUAUGAAACCAUUUGGCAUAGGCAGCUGAUUAAAACCUGGGUUACAAAUGUUUAAGAAGCUAAUAUUUGUAUGAAGCAAUUGGGAAAGAAAAAGAAAUAAAAGGCAUCUAAAUUGGAAAAGAAGAAGUAAAACUCUUUGCAAAUGACAUAAUUUUGUAUGUAGGCAAUUCUAAGGAAUUCGUGCACCUGUACAAACCGAUUAGAACGAAAAAGUGAGUUCAUCAAGGUUGCAGGAUACAAGAUCAACAUACAAAAAUCAGUGGUAUUUCUUUUUUUUUUUUUAAUAUUUAUUUUUGAGAGAGAGAGUGUGAGCA